GAAAUACUGGUUUUAUUUCCAAGAAAUCUCCACCCCCACUUUCCCCUGCCUUGAAAAAAGGAGGACCCGCUCCAUGGGUUCAGAGAGGAGCAAAGCUGACUGGCAACAGGGACCCCCUUGCUUCUGCUCUCGCACUCCACACUUCCACUACAAGCUGCAAGGAUGAACUCUUCCAUGACCACCCUAAUGCUUUUCCUGGUCGCCGUUGUCUUAUUUCAAACUCAGGCUCAGCCUGAACAACCCUCUGCCUGCUGUGUUAGCUACGUAAAAAAGCCCAUCCCGUUGAGGCUCCUGACACAUUAUGAGAUCCGAAGCAAGUGCAGCCUACCAGCUGUUGUGUUUUACUCUAAAGCCAAUAAGAUGUAUUGUGCUAAUCCCCAAGCGCCGUGGACCCAGGACCGCAUUCAGAAACUCCCAGAAAACGGACAACAGACAACUCCCUGAACCACUUGAGGGGACUGGGAAAGGCCACAUUUGAUAAUUAUCUUAAUAACUGUACAUACAUGUCUCAUGAAUGUUUAUUUGUGAAAUACAACUAAUAAUGUAUUCUAUUUAUGACUUCUUAUGUAUUUUAAGAAUGUUUGCAUUUUUAUACUCUAAAAGCAGGGAAGAUAAAAAGUUUUUGUGAUGUGAUGCCACAAAGGUUUUACUUGUGAAUAAACCUCAGGGCAAAUUCA